GGUCUCUACAAAAUGAACAAGAAAGUCUGUUCAAAUAUAAUCACCCCGGCGAAAAUUUUACAUUUUAUAACAAACACCAUACCCGUCCAAAAUUCCUUGACGAUUUGGUAGGAAAUCUUACAGCACUGUUUGAGAACUUUACACAGGCAAACAUCAGGAAAUUCAACAACACAUGCAGGAAUAACUGGAAUAAUGAACCAAACGAGCAGUGUUUGCUCACGAUAGCAAGAACAGGGAAUUACAGUCUUGGAGUAGCAGUAAUGCAAAAAGCAAAUUCAACACGACACGAAUGGGAGAUACUGCACAACAAACCUCCAGAAUUUUCAAACGGAUUCCCACAUAAUAUAACUGUACAGUAUGAAAAUGGUUUUGUCUGGUCGAUAAAUGUAACGGACUUCGUCACUGAUGAUCUUACUAAACAGCAAGACCUAAAGUUUGAAGUUCAGACGAAACUGCCGAAGUCAGAAUACACAUUUGAGAAUGAUACCGGUAUAUUUACAUGGACAGUUGGCACUGGUUUAAGGUAUAUAGACACAGAUAUCGUAUUCUUCGUUAUAGACGGUUUUAAUGCAAAAGCUCAAAGAGCAGUAACUAUCAAUUACUGUGGAUGUGAGGAACCGGAACAAUGCUCUUCUGUUACCUCUAAUUCAAAUUCGACAGAUAAUGUAAAAAAAGCAUCCUGUAAUUGUCCAGAAUAUGCUACCGGAUUGUACUGCGAGAAAAUAAAAGACACAUGUCCAGAUAUUGAAUGCUACCAAAAAGAUUUAUGCAAUGCGACGACCUACCGACUAUUAGACAGCUGGCCAUGUGCUCCAUGUCCGAAUGGAAGACAUCAAGUAAUGACUCUAAAACAACAAACUUGUGAGGAUAUUGACGAGUGUGAUUCAGAUUACACUGGUAAAGAUAAAUGUCAGCAACUGUGUAAUAAUUCUAUUGGGUCGUUUACCUGUGACUGUAGAAGUGGAUACACAUUAAAUGCUGAUAAACGUACAUGUGAUGAUAUAGACGAAUGCAAGUUAUCUCCAUCAAACUGCGCAGAAGAGAAUGAGGUGUGUCAGAAUACUAUAGGAAAUUUUAGCUGCAUUUGUAUGCCAGGAUAUAGCAAGAAAAAUGGUGUCUGCAAACAAACAGAGGGUUCCAAAUAUGUUGGUUAUAUGUCUUUUACUAUCUCGGCGACAACAGAGCAUUUUUCUGAAAUAAACAAGACAAUUGAUACUCCUGAAAACAGAAAAGAUGUCCAACUGAAGCUUGCUGCAGGAUUUAAUAACACUAAAGGAUUUUUGAGUGUUGAAGUAUUCCGACUGAGAGUGGUUAUCCACCAGGGAAAGCGACGAAGGCGGGCUGCUGAUCAGUAUGGUGUUCGUGCAGAUUAUGUUGUUCACUGGAAAAAUGUAACUGACAUUAAAGUGAUAGGAGAAAAAUUGCUGGAUUCCUUUAGAAACUUCACUUCACAAAAUGGGACACUAAAGAAACUGAAAGUUGGCAAUGUCGAUAUUAGCCUCUCGUCAGCUGAAAACCACAUAAACAACGCGACGACUGAGGGUGGAUUAUGUUUAGUUCCUGGCAAAACAGACUGUGCCCCCAACAGUACUCAUUGUAUUGAUGAAGAGCAUGGCGAUUACGAGUGCCAGUGUAAAAAUGGAUAUUCACGAGCUUAUUUAAGCAAGAUAUAUUGUUCAGAUAUAAACGAAUGUGAUGCCUUUAAAAAGAAUGGUACCAUUGGAGAGCGAUGUGUACAUGGUUCCUGUUAUAACAGUGUAGGAUCUUGGAACUGUACUUGCCCAGCUGGCAGACAAUGGCAAGACGUUGGAAAUGCAACAUUUCCAGUUUACCGAUGCCAAG